AUUAUGUACAGGGACAAGAACGAUGAUGAUUUACACAGAUCUACCGGUGUUGAAUGUUGAACGGGGUGAAGUCCAAAAGAUGAGGAAUGUUCCCCAAAUCCCAUUUCCGCGGUUGCUAAUGAUAGAUAGAUAUUGUAUUGUAUCGUAUACGGUAUGAUGUGCUUACAAAGGAUUCUUACCUAGUGUUCUACCAAGUACCUGCCUAGGUACUGCCUAGGUACAUCCACAUUCAAGGAAUUUCCCUUUCAAACUCAAUUGAUCAGCCAAUCGUUCUUCUCCAAAGUCGAAUGUUGUGCGGAUCUCAUGUUACUCCGUACACUUGUCCCCGGUGAGCAUACCAUCAUCCCUGAUAGGCCGUGACAAUAUUUGUUACAUUCCAUAGCGGUUCUCUUUAUUUGCCAUUCGUUAGCAAAUAACAUUUCAGUAUGUGAAUAGCUCUGUAGGGUUGUACCCAUUCUUUUUCUAUCUCUCUAAUCAUGAACUUCACAACUUCGUUCGACCUUUCAUAAACCCACCCAUGGUGAAGAUUAGAGGAGAAAAUCAUUCGUUUUUUGACUCCAUUCUCUCCCAAUCCACCCCCAAUAUAUUCGGUUUCAUUAUCAUAUCGAACUUCUCAUAUUUACAAAAGUUUAUCACUCGUUUCUUAAACAGCAAGGCGAGAUCGUUCGUAUUAACAUCUCAUUAUUUACUCCGAGGGUUCCACUGGCAAAGUACCAAAUAAGCUCCUGCCAAAAAUCCCUACCUGCCUACCUAGAGGAUACACUCGCUCACUCAAAAUAAACUUCCGCUUCUCCCACUUGCGCCAUCGAGAUUGUUUGGCAUCUCGAUAUAUUGGAAUACUCCAGAUCCCAGGUCUUACUUAUCACUCGUUCGAAAAAGAGAGAGAGAGAGAGAGAGAGAGAGGGAAUACAUACAUACAUACAUCUAUCGUACAUGUUUUAUUCACUCGAUUAAAUCACUCCAUCUACCUACCUACCUACCUACAUUCGUUAUUUUCAAGGAAUAUUCAUCAAUCAGUACAUGGACUUCUGUAACGCCGCCACCUCCUCUUGACUUUGGUCGACCAAGGAACCAAACCCACAACACUCUACAGGGAUAAUAAAACAAUCCCUCUACUCCGUGCAAACAACAUAACUUUGACCACUGUUUGACCGCCAUCAAUAAUUAUGUCUCCUCCGAGGCUACCUGAUCAUGGUGAAUCACAGAGAUCUCACCACUAUCGAAAUAACUCGCGGCGCGCACGAGUUCAAGAUGAAGAAACCGUCUAUUAUACUCUCCCACCAGCUUCGCCUACACAUGAAAGUCGACCUUCGAAAUCUUCCUUUGCUGAUACAGCAUCAUCUCCACUGACUCCAACAAUGUCUCGUGAACCAAUCUCACCAUCGCGAAACACAACACCUGCGACUGCGAUGUCGAGGAAGCGCAGUCUUAUUCGCCCCGAACGUAACAGAAUCGAUGAAAACCAUCCCAACUACCACUAUCGCCAACAUGCCGCCAAUAUGGAUACACAACCUUCAACAACUGGCAACGACCCCAUAAUGGAGGAUAUCGAGGCAGGUGCUGCGAAUACAGAGACUUCGGGGCUUCGAUCAUCGGGGGAAGCGGAAUCUGACAUUGCACCACCCGCAAGACGAACCACACGCGGUCAUGGAGCUGGACCAGAAGACCUCGCCUCGAAUGAAAAGACCGAAUUUGCUUCAAAGUCUCGAGGAAAUAAACUGAAGAGGGAGAGGGUGCCAAAAAUGUCCAAGGAGGAGAAGGAAAGGCAAAAGGCCCUCGACACUGUCAAACCACCUAGUCUUUGGAAUGUUUAUUGCGCCAUUGUAACCUUUUGGUGUCCAGGGUUUGUUCUCAAGUGUUUUGGCUUCCGUUCUAAAGCACAACAAAGAGCUUGGAGAGAAAAGAUGGGACUGAUCAGCAUUAUUCUCUAUAUCAUGGCAUUUGUGGGAUUCUUGACGUUUGGAUUUACCGCGACAGUGUGUGGGACGGGUUCAGGUCUACGAUUACAAGUCAACCAUGUGGAUUCUGGAUAUAUGAUCUUCCACGGUAACGCGUAUGAUCUUUCAAAAUCAGAACAUCCCGCUGCAACAGGCAUCACAAAUGGGGCAAACGUUCUCUAUGACUUGCCCCAAAAGUAUGGGGGUAUGGACGGAAGUUUCUUGUUCCAGAAUGUCAAUGGCAAAUGCAAAGGUUUGAUCACUUUAGCUGAUGGAUCGGACGUUCCAACCAAUUCUGACAAGGAUCUUGCAUGGUACUUCCCUUGUCAUGCAUUCAAUCAAGAUGGUUCAAGCUCUCCAAAUGAGACAACUGGUGCUUAUUUUGGGUACGCGUGCCAUUUGCAGGCAGAUGCUCGCUCAUCAUUCUACGCACUCAAUAGUGCUGGAGCCGUCUAUUUCACCUGGGAUGACAUCAAAAAUUCUUCAAGAAACCUGAUGGUUUACUCUGGCAACGUUCUUGACCUAGACCUUCUGAAAUGGUUCAACACCACUCAAGUUUCCGUUCCAUCCAGGUUUACCACCCUUGCCGAUAAGACUUCAUCCGCCAACGCCGCUGUACGCGGCAGGGAUGUUACACAUGCCUUCCAAUCUUCAGAGGACAAGAAGAUUGCUCAAUGUUUCGAGCAGAUUAUUAAAGUUGGAAGUAUUGAUACCGAAACUGUUGGAUGUAUCGCUUCCAAAGUAGUCCUUUACGUCUCUUUGGCGUUCAUUCUUGCCAUUGUUCUGGUCAAGUUCGUCUUAGCUUUGAUAUUCCAAUGGUUCAUUGCCUCGAAAUACGCCGCAUCAAAGACUUCUCAAUCAUCCGACCCCAAGAAGCGUCAACAACAAAUCGAAGAAUGGUCCGAUGAUAUCUACCGGGCUCCUCCAAGAAUGGCUGGUGAUAUUGGUAGCUCCGCUGCGGGAUCUGGAUCUGACAAGACAAGCAAACGAACUAGUGUGUUCUUGCCAACAACAUCUCGUUUCUCAAAUCCUUAUGCCGCUGCUGAUCGAUCAUCUCGCGUUGGACGUCCUCAACCUACAACCAUGGCAAGUCAAGCCUCGACAGCUCAGUUGAUUCCCCCAAACCCUAUGUUCCGAAAUCAGAACGGUAGCCGAAACAGUCUUUUGCGAACUGAUAACUCGAAUGAUCUCGAUGGGUCUGGACCUACCAGCUUCAUUCAUGAUCUAGUAGUUCCUCAGCCACCAAAAGAAUGGGAACCAUACGGCUUCCCUCUGGCUCAUGCAAUUCUUCUCGUGACUGCCUAUUCUGAAGGUGAACUUGGUAUUCGUACGACCCUCGACUCUAUCGCUACGACUGAUUAUCCUAAUAGUCACAAAACUAUUCUGGUUAUUUGUGAUGGUAUUAUUAAGGGUGAAGGUGAACCAAAGUCAACACCAGAAGUUGUUCUUGGCAUGAUGAAAGAUUUUGUCACUCCUGUUGAAGAAGUUCCUGCAUUCUCUUACGUCGCGGUCGAAAGAGGUUCAAAGAGACAUAACAUGGCCAAAGUGUACGCUGGAUUCUACGAUUACGGUGCUGAUUCUACUAUCAACGUAAAUAGACAACUCCGAGUUCCAAUGGUGUGUAUUGUAAAGUGUGGUACUCCUGAUGAAGCCACACACCGCAAACCUGGAAACAGAGGCAAGCGUGACAGUCAAAUUAUCUUGAUGUCUUUCUUACAGAAAGUCAUGUUUGAUGAACGUAUGACUGAACUCGAGUUUGAAAUCUUUAAUGGAUUCUAUCAAAUUAGUGGCAUCUUCCCGGAUAUGUAUGAGGUUGUUCUUAUGGUUGAUGCAGAUACAAAGGUUUUCCCUGACAGUUUGACACACAUGGUAUCGGCAAUGGUUAAAGAUCCUGAAAUUAUGGGACUUUGCGGAGAGACAAAGAUUGCGAACAAACGUGCCAGUUUUACAACUGCGAUACAAGUUUUCGAAUACUUCAUUUCUCAUCACUCUGUCAAAUCUUUCGAAUCGAUUUUCGGUGGUGUUACUUGUCUUCCUGGUUGUUUCUCCAUGUAUAGAAUCAAGGCUCCAAAGGGCGGUAACUAUUGGGUUCCUAUCUUGGCCAAUCCUGAUGUCGUCGAACAUUACUCGGAUAACGUAGUAGACACGCUACAUAAGAAGAACUUGCUACUUUUGGGAGAGGAUCGAUACCUCUCAACACUCAUGCUUCGAACAUUUCCCAAGCGUAAACAAGUAUUUGUCCCACAAGCUGUUUGCAAAACUCAAGUACCAGACUCUCUUUGGGUUCUCAUGUCACAAAGACGAAGAUGGAUCAACAGUACCGUCCACAAUUUGAUGGAAUUAGUUUUGGUCAGAGAUCUUUGCGGUACUUUCUGCUUCAGUAUGCAGUUUGUCGUCUUUAUCGAUCUCGUCAGUACUCUGGUGCUUCCCGCUGCUAUUGCCUUCACAAUCUACGUCGUAAUCAUUUCGAUUAUUCGUCGCCCUGUCCAAAUCAUUCCGCUUGUACUUUUGGGAUUGAUCCUUGGUCUGCCAGCAGUUUUGAUUGUUAUAACAGCUCAUCGUUGGGUUUAUGUUCUCUGGAUGAUGAUUUAUCUUGUCUCCUUGCCAAUUUGGAAUUUCUUACUCCCAGCAUACGCCUUUUGGAAAUUCGAUGAUUUCUCAUGGGGAGAUACUCGUAAGACUGCGGGUGAAAAGACCAAAAAGGCAGGUAUUGAAUACGAAGGAGAAUUCGAUAGUUCAAAGAUUACCAUGAAGCGAUGGAAGGAGUUUGAGAGAGAAAGAAUCUUAAGAAGUAACCCAAGUUGGGUUAAUUCAAAUACUUCAUUGAAUAAAGAAAAUCAUCGUUGGCAGCAACAUCAAUAUGAUGAUUAUGCGGAUAGUUGAGGUGGCUUGGAUAGGGUUAUUCUGAUGGAAGGGUAAUGAACGGGGUCGAUUAGACUUUGCUUGUUGUUUAUUAUUGAGCGUACAUAAUGCAUCCCGUGUUUGGAAAGUGGGAUGAAAAAAUUCCAUGAUUUUUUGUGGGUUGGGGCGGUAGUAUAGUCAGUCAGUCAGUCUCCCUUUUUGAAAAAGAGGGCGUAAUAUUAUAUUGUUUUGUAAUCGUAGUCUUGAACUAAUUUUGGUGGUUUAUGAGGCUUUUUUGGGGGGUUUUUGAUUGAGGGUGUGGGUGGAUGGGGGCUGUACACGGUUUUAUGAGAUUAUGGGUUGGGGGUGGGAAAAGUGGAAGGUGGCAGGUGGUAUUUA